AUGUUGAAUUUGUUCCAGAGCUUUAUUUUUUCCCCACUUUUUAAUUUUUCCUUUUUUUUUUACAGUCUCUCUCUUUCAAUAGAGACUACAAGCAUAAUAACUCCUAUUCUUAUUGUAUUGCCAGAGUUCCAGGCUGCAGAGAGUUUGGCGACUACAGAGAUCAACAUUACUACAUUAAAGACAGCUUCCGUAGCAGAACCUACAGCAAUAACUAGAACGACAGUUUCAGAGACAAACACAGUUCCUAGAAACACAGUUUUAGACGCCUCAACUAUACCUUACACAUCCACAUCUCCUACAGACACCACAUCUAAAACAGAGAUUACAACAAUAAGUAUUAGCACUACAAUUGAGAAGACAACCACGCUUCCCCUGUUUACAGCUUCACUACCUGGGAGCACAGCUAUAGCCACCUCAGCUAUACAAGAGACCUCCACAGCUCUGCGAGACACCACUUCCCCAGUGCAGUCUUCAUCAAUAUCUACUACCGCUACAGUAGAAAAGACAACCACCGUUCCUCCUCCUAUCAGCACUAUAACUGAGAGCACAUCUGUAGCCACAUCUACUAUACCAGUGACAUCCACGUCUCCUGUAGAGACCACAUCCCCAACAGAAACAACAAUAAUAACUAGUACAAGUAGAGUGGAAGAGACAACCACAUUCUCCCUCCCUCAAACUUCACAACCUGAAAGCACAGCUGCAACCAUGUCAACUGCACCAGAGACCUCCACAACUCCUGUAGAGACCACAUCCCCAACAGAGAGGACAACAAUAACCAGUACCACUGGAGCUGAAGAGACAACCACACUGUCCCUCCUUGCAACUUCACAAUCAGAAAGCACACCUGCAGCCAGCUAUGGCACAAGAGAAACAUCCACUUCUCCUCUCCAGACAACUUCUGCAGCUGAAACUACAGCAAUAACUAGUACUCCUACAAUAGAGGUGACAACCACUGUUCCUAUCCCUACGUCCUCACUACCCAGGAGCACAGCUAUAGCCACCUCAACUGCUCCAGAAACCACUACAGUUACGAUAAAGACCACUUCCCCAGCUGAGACUACACCAAUGAUUAGUUCUUCUAUAAUAGAAGGGUCAACCACCCUUCCCCUUCUUAGCACUUCACAACCUGAAACCACAGUUGCAGCCAGCUCUACCAUAGGAAUAACACCCACCUCUCCUUUCCAGACAACUUCUGCAGCUGAAACUACUGCACUGACUAGCACCACAAGAAGUGAAGAGACAACCACGCUUCCCCUUCUUACAACUUUAGAAACUGGGAGCACAGCUAUAGCCACGUCAACUGCUCCAGAAACCACCACAGAUACAUUAGAGACCUCUUCCCCAGUACAGUCUACAGGAAUAUCUCCUACCACUACAGUAGAAAAGACCACCACAGUUCCUCCUCCUACCAGCAAUAUUAUUGGGAGCACAGGUGUAACUACAUCUACUAUACCAGUGACAUCCACAUCUCCUGUAGAUACCACAUCCCCAACAGAAACGACAAUAAUAACUACCACGAGUAGAGUGGAGGAGACAACCACUUUCUCCCUCCCUCCAACUUCACAAUCUGAAAGCACAGCUGCCGCCACCUCAACUUCUUUAUUCGAGGUGACAACCACUAUUCCUGUUUCUAGACCACUCCCCUAG